GAGGGGAGGGCAGGGGCGCCCCCCUCGUGCCUCCCCCGCCACCCUGAGGCCGCUGCGCCCCUCCCCCCCACCCACCCACCCACCCCGGGGCAGGAGCCAUGCGGGGGGGUGCCGGCGGCGAUGCAGAGAGGCAGCAGCGCUGGGGUCGCCUCUUCCAGGAGCUAGACAUUAACAAGGAUGGCCGCGUGGACGUGCAUGAGUUGCGCCAGGGCCUGGCCAAGCUGGGCGGAGGUGAUCCGGAUCGCGGUGCCCAACAGGCCAUCUCCCCUGAGGGGGACACUGACCCGGAUGUUGGACUCAACCUGGAAGAAUUUUCGCAGUACCUGCAGGAGAGGGAAAAGCGACUGCUACUCAUGUUCCGAAGCCUGGAUCGGAACCAAGACGGUCACAUCGACGUCUCUGAGAUCCAGCAGAGUUUCCGAGCCCUGGGGAUCUCCAUCUCGCAAGAACAAGCCCAGAAAAUUCUGCUCAGCAUGGACCGCGACGGCACCAUGACCGUUGACUGGCAGGAAUGGCGCGACCACUUCCUGCUGCACUCCCUGGAAAACGUGGAGGAUGUGUUGUUUUUCUGGAAGCAUUCCACAGUCCUGGACAUCGGUGAGUGCCUGACGGUGCCCGAUGAGUUCUCCCAGCAAGAGAAGCUGACUGGCAUGUGGUGGAAGCAGCUGGUGGCGGGCGCCGUGGCGGGUGCUGUGUCACGGACGGGCACGGCCCCUCUGGAUCGCCUCAAAGUCUUCAUGCAGGUGCACGCCUCCAAGACCAACCGGCUGAAUAUCCUGGGGGGUCUGCGUAGCAUGAUCCGCGAGGGGGGUGUCCUUUCCCUGUGGCGUGGCAACGGCAUCAACGUGCUCAAAAUUGCACCUGAG